AUGCUGAAAACAAUACUAAAUACAAGUAAAUCUGAAGAUAGCAUUUUAUUAACAUAUCAGAAAUUUAUGAUGGGCAUAGUAGUAGACCGUGAUAUCAGUGCACAAGAAACUUGCCAUAUGUUACAGAAAUUGCCUCUUCUAAGUUGUAGCCAACAAUUUGUCUCUCUAAAUGUUGGCAGAAAAAUACUGCACCGUGUCAUAAAAUCAGAUAAUGGAGCUGACCUUUCCACAACUUAUAUCCAUGCUUAUAUGCAGCGCCCUUUUGAAUUAAAUGCAACAAAUUUGCUACAAUCAGCACAAGGGUUUUCCUAUAAUUCUCAACGCAAAAAAACAAAAUGGCACAUCAGGGAUAAAAAAGCAAUUGUGACUGUAUAUCCUCAGUUUACAGAGCCUCCAAAUGAAGAUACCAAUCAGUUUGAGAUUUUUUGUUUGUCUGAAUUGCUGCUAUACAAACCAUUUCGUGACAUCCCAACUGAAAUAGGAGCUUCAAAGGAACAAAUUAUAAAAAAUUGGAAAAACUUUAAAAAGACAAAUUACAACCGUUUGGGAAAUCAACAAAUUAUAGAUGAUUGCACCCUUCCAAACGAAGAUGACAGUGACAAUAAUGGUUCCCAACAUCAAGAUGAUACAAAUCUGUACGAGUGGGAGCAGCUCUCACAAAUGGGAGCUUCAAAUAACUUUGUCCAGAAUGAUCUGCAAAUGCUAGGCCGUCGUGAUUACGAUAUUAGCCACUUUUGGGGAGCAACUGUUGUGGUUGAUCAACUAGACUCCACUGCCCUUCAGUUCAUAGCUACAAGCAAGCUAAAAUCCCAACACACUAGCAUGCAAAUCUCCAGCCAAGACACAAAAAAAAACCAGCUAUCGCCUCAGCAAAAAGUUGCGCUCAACAUCAUUCUACAACAUCAUAAUAAUCAAUCUGCAACAACACCUUUACGAAUGAUUGUUCAAGGCACUGCUGGCACUGGUAAAUCAUUUUUAAUAGAUUGUAUUAGAAAAGAAUUAAACAUAUCUCCACCUAUGAUGGCAAACCCAUUGCUUGUUUUAGCACCAACAGGAGUUGCUGCAUUUAAUAUACAAGCGACAACAAUCCAUGCAGGGUUGCGCAUACCUAUAAGAGAAAUGCAUCCUUUGACAGGGCAAUCAUUAAUGACAUUGCAAGAGCAAUUGAAACAUAUCAAAUAUAUUCUGAUAGACGAAAUGAGCUUUUUGGGCCCGAAACUACUACUUAAGAUAGAUAACCAUUUACGCCAAGCAUUCCCUAACAAACAACAUGACAACUUUGGUGGCGUGUCCAUGAUUCUUGUUGGUGAUCUUGCUCAGCUUCCCCCUGUUAUGGAUAAACCUAUAUAUGCUUCACACUCUACAGCCCUCAGUUUAUGGCAUUCUUUUACUAUUGUCAUAACAUUGGACACUAUUUUCCGCCAGCAAGGUGCAUCUAUAAGACAACAACAAUUCAGAGCACUUCUUCACAACUUAAGAAACGCUCAAGCACUCCAACAUGAUUGGCAGUUUCUAAUAUGCCAAACAAAUGCAACAUUAACUAUUCAACAAAAGAAAGAUUUCAACUCUUCAAUCCACUUGUUUGCAACAAAUGAAUCUGCACGCUUGCAUAACAGGAAAAUGCUCAAAGAAUUAAAUUUGCCUGUUGCUCUAAGUUUAGCUAAAAUUGCUAAGCAAACAAAUACUGAAUAUGACACCAAUGAACAGCUACCAUUGGAAGUAUUACUUUCUAUUGAUCAGCAAGUGAUGUUAAUAGCUAACUUGUGGAUCAAAGUUGGCCUUGUUAAUGGUGCUAUUGGUCUCAUAAAACAAAUUGUAUAUGAAAACAAUACAAAACCACCAGACUUGCCAAAAUAUGUGGUUGUCCAAUUCAAUGAUUAUAAUGGACCUCCAUGGGAUAUAGCACAUCCAAAAGAUAUACCCAUUUUGCCAAUAACGCGAGGUAGGCGUACGCAAGUGCCUUUAACAAUGUCUUGGGCCAUCACUAUUCACAAAUCCCAAGGUCUUACAUUAGAUACAGCUACCAUUGACAUAGGUAAUACUGAAAAGCAAGGCCUCACAUUCACAGCUAUUUCCAGAGUGAAGACAAUUGAUGGAAUACGGAUCGAACCACCAUUCUCUUUUGAAAGGUUUUCCAAACUGCAAAAUAAUCCUUAUACAACCAUUAGAAAGAAAGAAGAAACUCGUUUGCAGCUACUCUCUGCGCAAACAGAUAUCUAUUCACCUUAAAAACUUUUGCUCCAAAACCAUCUUUCUUACAUUCCACUACUUUAAACAAGGUAAUUACAAUUUUACAUUGUCAUACCUCUUCACAACAUGCACUUUCUUAAUCGUCCCUCAUACUAACUCUUUUUCCCUCGCUGUUCAUUUUAGAUUGCAUUCAUUCUAAGACAUCCUCCAUGCUGCAUUGAACACCACACACAAGUCUUCCUAUCUAUACACGCUUCAAUAAUUGUCUACAGAUAUAUCAGGUAUAAUACAGCUGCAAUGCAUUGCGCAUUCACAUUGCUCACUCCUCCAACAUAUACAGCUAUCUCAGGUAUGAUAUGUCACUUUUAUUGCUUAGAAUGUACUCUGUUAACAAACUUUUAUACUAAUCAAUGUCAAUUAUACAAAGUUAUACACAAUAAAAACAAUGCUAUGCUUAGUAUGUUCUUUUUGACUGCAAAACAUCUGUUCCUCACCCCAUAAUUAAAUUUCUAAGUAUUUUAACACUAAAAUGAAUAUAUUUCUAAUCAGUUUAAAACUUUAUACAACUCGAACAUUUGUAACAACUUUUAUCAAUCUCAUUGUUAGAGGAACUAUAUAUUAUACCUCUAAUAAGUUUUGUUACAAAAGUGUCUCUUCAAUUCAAAAGUUACUGCAACAACACAAGCAACUCUCCCAGGUAUGAUAUUUACAUUUUUUUGGCUUCAAGCAUACUUUAUUGACACCUUUUACUGCUCUAACAUUGCUCUCUAUCACUUUUAACUAACUUCCCUCCUUGUACGCCAGCUACAGUACAUUGCCUCUCCAGUGCAAACCUUCUCAAUCAACCAUUCAGUCUAGAUUUCCUACUGCAAAUUGAAGGUAUGCAUACCUACCCAACACAUAUAGUUUACAUUCUCUUCUUUUUAUGUGGCCAUGUAAUUCUUUCAAGGCAUAUUCUAACAAAUCUUCAAAUAAAAUCAAUUAAUAAACAAACUUCUCUUUACCAUGCCACUUCAGUUGUUUUGGCACAUAAAUUGUAUAUAUGUUAAAUUUAAGAAACUAAUUCUAUUGCUUCUUUUUGUUGUAGAGAUACAUAUUAACAAAGAACCACAUACCCAUGCUUGGACACUUCUCACUUUUCAAGUUAGCACUGGUUGUAGCUAAAAAGUCUUCUCAAUGUCAAUUAUACAAAGUUAUACACAAAAAAAACAAUGCUAUGCUUACUCUGUUCUUUUUCCCUACAAAACAUCAACUUUCUAACUCUUUUAAAACUAAAAUGAAUAUAUUUCUAAUCAGUUUUAAACUUUACACUACUCAAACAUUUCUAGCAGCUUUUAUUAAUCUCGUUCUUAGAGCAUCUAUGUAUUAUCCUCUGAUAGCUUUUGUUACAAAAAUGUUUCUUCCAUUCAAAAUUGACUGCUGCAACAUAAACAACUCACCCAGGAAGGAUGCAAGGCCCGCAACACACCAGGCAACCUGAGCCAAUCUCAAAGCCUCCAAUUUCCAUAUACCAGUUUUCAGGAUUAGACCAUAGCAGAGCAUGUCAACAUAUGAAGGUGACUUGGUGGCAAAAUGCUACUUUACAAAGCACAACACCUGUGUAUUAUCCUCUAGUGACUUUAGUUACAAAACUCUCUAUUCCAUUCAAAAGUCACUACUGCAACAUUAACAACUCACCCAGAGAUACAUAUUAACAGACAACAACAUACCCAUGAUUGCACUCCAUGUCGAUUACAACCAAACAUUUUCUGGCAAAACCUUUGACCGACCACACUAAAUCACCUUUCCUAUUUCACCAAUAUCCAUUCAUUUUGUUCCCCAUAUUUCAGAUUUAAAUAUCUCAAAUCUAUCACUGUGUUGCCCUUGCAAAAAUUGCAGACAACAAACAAAAAAAUUUAGGGUGUUUUCAAACUUCACUGCAUUCCAGAUUUAUGACACUAAUCAGAGCAUCUGUGUAUUAUCCUCUGAUAACUUUUGUUACAAAACUAUUUGUUCCAUUCAAAACUCGCUACUGCAACAUAAACAACUCACCCAGCUGUGAUUUCAACGGAAGGAUCCAAGGCCUGCAACACACCAGGCAACUUGAGCCAAUCUCAAAGCCUCCAAUUUCCAUAUGCCAGUUUUGAGGAUUGCAGCAUGGCAGCACUUGUGUAUUGUCCUCUGGUGACUUUCAUUACAAAAGUGUCUGUACCAUUCAAAAGUCACUGCUCCAACAUAAACAGCUCACCCAAAGAUACAUAUUACCAGACAACAACAUACCCAUGAUUGCACUCCAUGCCGAUUACAAACAAACAUUUUCAGGUGGAUGUCACAAGUUCUGCACAUCUCAUACAACAGAUUCCCGAGAUUGAUGCUUAACACCCUCUCCGAGACCAAAAUCAACUGGAUUGCACUUCAUUCAAGUUGCAAUAGUUACAAAUUGCCUCUUACAAAACUAUGAAGGUUGACUUGCUUGAUAUACAUGACCUUCCUCACCAUGAUAAGCAAAAUAUAUAUUGCCAGUUCCUCUUUCUUGUCAGGCUUUAAAACUCAGCAGGCGUUGUAAUUUAAAACAAGUUGAUCGCAUUGGCUUUAUGUUGUUGCUCAUCAAGAAGUCAAUCCGUCAUCAGCCAUUACACAUCUUGCAGCUUUCAACAGCUUUCAAAUUAUUUGAUUCUUUCAAACCUGCUAUUUUACAUCUCACAGCCCUAUCUUCUCAAAUAUUAACAUGUUCAAGAUGACGACACCGUUACCGUAUCAUGUUUUAAAGAGUCGUUAAGAUCUAGCCUCCCACAGUGACUGCUUACACUUAUUGACAUUGUAACAUUCACGGUUUCUUACUUAUGUUACUCUCUUCCAUCAUUGCUACAUUUCAUUCAAUGUUCCCCUUUGCUGAAAUCCACUAUGUUUAACAACUGAAUUCAAUGAAUGAGCAUAACUUGCUGCUUUCUCUUCA